GUGUUAUCUUGGGGGAUAAGUGAGGCUCGACUCCUGAUCGACUUCGUCACCAGAGCUGACACUGGCUUCUACAGGUGCCUGGCUACCAACGUCGUGGGGACUUCCAAACCAGUGAAAAACAGCUGUCGUCGUCACUCAGGCACCAGAACCGUUGGAGGAGGAACCCUUCAGGGACGACCUCCCGAACAGACCGUGGGCCAAGUUGGGCGGGACGGGGCGCCUCGAGUGUUUCGUAAAAGCGGCGCCGGCGCCCAAUUUUCGCUGGACCAUCAAUGAAGAUCGAGUCUUGUUUAAUAGUCGUAAAUACUUCGUGAGGGGGCCACAUCUAAUAGAUGGGUUAGCAGAGUGGUCUUCUGUCCUGGAAAUAAGGAGCGUCACAGACAAGGACUACACGACGUAUACGUGUACUGCAUCGAAUUACAUGGGAACUCUGACCUCCAACCACACGCUCGGCCCUGCCAUUCCACCCCUCCAGGCAUAUAACCUCAGCGUCGUUAGCGUCAUGGGUACCACUGCUUUACUCACCUGGAUUCCACCGAGUCAAGGAACCACGCCCUCAGGAUAUACACUUAGAUAUCGGCCGCUACACGAUGAGGAAUAUCUACGUCAGAAUGUAGAAGGCCGCGGAACUACGACGGUGCAGAUCCAAGGACUGUCCCCCGGAGCCACGUACGAAUUUGCUAUCCGGACUUACAACAGCCAGGGUACUUCGGACUUCACGUCCCCUACGACAAAAGUCACCAUACCGGGCGUGGUGGAAGAAGCAGCAAGUAGCAGCAGGCAACCUCGCAUGCCCCGUCUGACCCUUCUGCUAAUGUCCCUGACUGGGGCAGCCCUUUUGGUCCUAAACAUAUCCAUCAUAUCUGCUUCAUCAGACGCUUCGCCACGAGCAGGAAUACUCCAGCUUCUUCUAUAA